AUGGCGCCGGAGUGCGAUUUCAACAACUUCUUCGCGACGGGGAGCUGCGAGGGGCAGAAGGUGGUGGACGGAGAGACGAUGCCGCUGGUGCUGGAGCCGGCCGACCCGGCGAAGAACGACGUCGUAUCCCUGGCGGCGGCCCUGAGGGAGGACAAGGAGUGGUUCGACGGCCUCAUCACCAAGCACAGCGCCGUCCUCCUGCGCGGGUUCGACGUGGGGAACGCGGUGAGCUUCAACGACGUCGUGGAGGCCUUCGAGUGGGCCGACAUCCGGUACGUUGGGCCUGCUCCACGGACCCACGUCCACAAGCGGGUCUGGACCGCCAACGAGGGCCCGCUCUCCGACUUCAUCUACUUCCACCACGAGAUGGUCCUGAUGAAGGAGUUCCCGAAGAAAGUGGUACUGUUCUGUGAGGUUCCGCCGCCGGAAGGCGGGGAGACGCCAUUUGUGCCGAGCUUCAAAGUGACGGAGAAGAUGGUGGAGGAGUUUCCGGCGGAAGUGGAGGAGAUAGAGAAGAGAGGGCUGAAAUACACGUUCUGUGCCCCAGGCAGAAACAAUUCUACCUCCAUGAGAGGCCGUGGCUGGGAGGAUGCUUUCGCCACUGCCGACAAGCAGCUGGCUCAAAUAAGAGCCAGGGCUCUGGGGAUGGAAAUCGAGUGGCUUGAAGAUGGAGGCGCGAAGACAAUACUGGGGCCAAGACCUCUGACGAGGGUGUUUGAAGGGAGAAAAGAGAGGAGGAUGUGGUUCAACACUAUCGUGGGAAUGCAUGGGAAGGAGCAGAGCUCGGCAACAAUGGAGGACGGGACGGAGUUGCCACUGAAGUUCGUGAAGAGGUGUGAGGAGAUCAUAGAGGAAGAGAGCAUCCAGUUCAAAUGGCAGAAGGGAGAUGUUGCCUUCUUCGAUAACUGGGCUUUGCUCCAUGGCAGGAGGCCUUCUCUGCCUCCGAGGAAAGUGCUUGUCGCCACUUGCAAGUGAUAAAUGAUCUCUUAAAUAUUACGGACCCCUGAGAUGAUAUGCGUGUAUGUAUGUCAGGGAUUUCAUGGUGUAGCUUAUAUAUUUUAUUUUACUUUUAUAAAGAUGAAAAGAUAUAGUUGAA